CACUUCAGUUCUUCGUGUGUUUUCGUUGUAAAAUCAGUGAACGUUGCUCGUGUGCGGACGGUUUUUGUGUAGCGUAGCGCGUUUUUUCGGUAUAAAAUCCAACUACCUACAUACAAUAUAUGUACAAAUGUGCCUAAGUUUAGUGCAGUAAAAUUGUUUUGUUAAUUGGAAAUGCAUAUGCAUACUGCAACCGACAAAUAUAAGUUGCAACAUAUGGCAAAUAUAUGAGAAAAGUGAGUUCCAUUGAUUAACGAAAACGCGCGGUCCACAACACAACACGAUAAUCGAUUGGAAAAUGAAGGAAAUUCAUUAAUUGUCCAAUCGAACGGCGCGUAGUGCUUUGUAGUGACAAAUAAAAAUAUAUUGAGUCACAAUUUUUCAUUUAAAAAAGCAAAGGAAGUUUGUGCAAAUGCGAGAUAUCGCUAUAAAUCUCUGCAACAUCGAGUUGCGGUUGUGAGAAGCUCGAAAUAUUUACUUUACUUGUGUUCCUGGUGUAGCUGAAAAUAUAUGUAUAUGUGUGCAUAAAGUCAGCAAAAGUGCUGAGUGUUAGAUAAAUAUAACAAAUUGCAAGGAAAAAGUUGUUGCUGGCAAUUUUGUGCCUUUUGUGUAUGCUAUUCUCUAAAAGUAACAAGUGGCAUUUGCGAAUCAACUAAUCUUUGGCAAGUGUUACGUGCGCAAGUGUGAAGGCAAGGUGCCACAAACCCCGCUAAUUCCACUGGAAUACCAACGACGAAUCUGGUGACAAAAAGGAAUACACGCCAGCGACAAUUGGGAAAAAUUAAAUUUCCUAUAAUGUCAUAAGUGGUCCUCGUCUUUUGGGAUAACAUCAUAAUGAAGACAUAGACAAAUAUAAACAAGCUAUAGAAAAUGUGCUAGUCGCCACUAGUACCUUUAGUCGUACACUAACAACUCGCCUUGAGCUGCUCUGCGGAGAGCAGCACAGGUGGAACGAAGAACUGCUUUCAAAAUGGUAAAAUUUAAGGUAAAUAUGGAAAUGUGCAACUUAGGACGAGUUGUACAACAGCUUGACGUGAUAAGCUUGGAAACAGUUACAAAUGCGCAUAAAUUUGAACAUAACACUAAACGAGGAAUCAUCAAGAGAGUGGAAUCUUGCACCAACUUGAAUACUCACAAAAGCACCAGCACUCAAAAACAGUUCGCAUUGUACGCUUACAGCUUACUUUUAACGAUUUUUCUGUUUGUCGCGAACGUGUCAGCCGAACAUGUGCGAGAACUGGAGGUAUCCGAAGGUGUGCCGAUCGGACAUCAGAUUGGUUUUAUCGGUGAGUUCUCACAUGGGGUCGAUAGCGGUCCGCCAUAUCUAAUCGUGCCGGUACCGGGUAGUGGCGUGGAUACCGAUCUGGCUAUCGAUCAUACGACCGGUGAGAUACGGACUAAAGUGUAUUUGGAUCGGGAGACUCGUGCAUCGUAUAGUUUAGUUGCCAUACCGUUAAGUGGCGAAAAUGUGCGCGUUGUAGUGCGUGUCUUGGAUGAGAAUGAUAAUGCGCCGACAUUUCCGCAACCGGUAAUGAAUAUCGAAUUUCCCGAGAAUACGCCGCGCGAUGUGAAAAGAACGUUGAAUCCAGCACGUGAUCUUGACUUGGGUCAAUAUAAUACACAGCGUUACAAUAUCGUGUCGGGCAAUGUGAAUAAUGCGUUUCGUUUAUCGUCGCAUCGCGAGCGUGAUGAUGUGUUGUAUUUGGAUUUGCAAAUUAACGGUUUUCUCGAUCGGGAAACGACACCAGCCUACAGUUUGGUGAUUGAAGCUUUGGAUGGCGGCAGCCCGCCUUUACGUGGACAGAUGACUGUGAACAUAACGAUACAAGAUGUCAACGACAAUCAACCAAUUUUCAAUCAGAGUCGCUACUUCGCCACUGUGCCCGAAAAUGCGACAGUUGGUACGAGCGUGCUGCAGGUUUUUGCCACAGACACGGAUGCAGAUGAAAAUGGGCUCGUAGGGUAUGCGAUCAACCGACGUCAGAGUGAUAAAGACAAAAUGUUCCGCAUUGAUCCAGAAACUGGCUUGAUUUCGGUCAAUAAACCCUUGGAUUUUGAGACUAAGGAGCUGCACGAACUCGUUGUGGUGGCGAAAGAUCACGGCGAACAGCCAUUGGAGACCACCGCCUUUGUGUCCAUACGUGUGACUGACGUCAAUGACAAUCUGCCAACAAUCAAUGUAAUAUUUCUGAGUGACGACGCCACCCCUAAGAUCUCCGAGUCAGCAAAACCUGGUGAAAUCGUUGCUCGCAUCUCUGUCAAUGAUCCCGAUUCGAAGGCUGAAUACUCGAAUGUAAAUGUUACGUUAAACGGUGGUGAUGGACAUUUUGGUCUGAAUACACGUGAUAACAUUAUCUAUUUGGUGAUCGUCUCACAGCCGCUAGAUCGUGAGGCUCAGUCAAACUAUACGCUAAGCGUUGUGGCGACUGAUAAUGGUACGCCACCACUACAUGCUUCAAAAACUAUUUAUCUACGCGUAACGGACAUCAAUGACAAUGCGCCAGAGUUUGAGCACGAAGUGUAUCACGCCAAUGUGAUGGAAGUCGCUGAUCCGGGCACAUCCGUGCUUCAAGUAGCCGCUUUUGAUCGUGACGAAGGAAACAAUUCUGCGGUUAUUUACGCGCUUGCCGAUACGCCGGAAACACAUGCCGAAUGGUUUCAAAUCGAUUCGCAUACAGGCCUAAUUACAACGCGCGCGCAUAUCGAUUGCGAAACCGAACCGGUGCCUCAGCUUACGGUCAUUGCCAAAGACAAUGGCCAUCCACCACUUUCGUCGACCGCUACCGUACUAGUGACCAUACAUGAUGUCAACGAUAAUGAACCGAUUUUCGAUCAAAGUUUCUACAAUGUUUCAGUAGCCGAGAACGAGCCGGUCGGUCGUUGUAUUCUCAAGGUGUCGGCCAGCGACCCAGAUUGCGGUGUUAAUGCAAUGGUCAAUUAUACGCUAGGCGAUGGUAUCAAACAGCUCGCCGAAUUCGAGGUACGCUCUGCGACGGGUGAAAUAUGCAUAGCCAGCGAGUUGGACUACGAGAAACGUAACUCUUAUGAGUUUCCGGUGAUAGCAACCGAUAGAGGUGGCUUGAGCACCAUAGCGCGCAUCAAGAUCCAGCUCACCGAUGUCAAUGACAAUCGCCCAGUUUUCUAUCCUCGCGAGUACAAUGUAUCAUUGCGCGAAACGGCUAGCGCCAGCGCCGCGACCGCACCCAUUGUUGCCGUCGUUGCUACCGAUGCCGAUGCGGGCCGUUUCGGCGCGGUGACCUAUCGCAUUGUAGCCGGCAAUGAUGCGGGCGUAUUUCGCAUUGAUCGCACGAAUGGUGAAAUUUUCAUCAAUCGCCCGAAUAUGUUGUCGGUGCGAACGCAGCCGGUGCAUGUGUUGAAUAUAAGCGCCAGUGAUGGUGGCGGCAUGCGCAGCUCGUCGGAUGCAUUGGUCUUUUUGAGCAUCAUUGAUGCUACACAGCGGCCGCCGAUCUUCGAGAAGCCGCGCUACAGUUAUCAUGUGAAGGAGGAUGUGCCGGGUGGCACAGUAGUUGGUUCGGUGAUGGCCACCAGCAGUGAUGCAGUCAAUCGUAAUGGCGUUCGCUAUUCAAUUUAUUCGGGCGAUCCAGAAGGUUACUUCAGCAUUGACGCCAUAACGGGCAAUAUACGUAUAGUUAAUCCUCUGGAUCAUGAAACGAAACCACAAAUUUUACUUAACAUACAAGCAAUGAGCGGUGAUCCACCAGCUUACGGGCAUACUCAGGUCAAUAUCGAUAUCGAGGACGUCAACGAUAAUGCACCAGAAUUCGAAACGAACUUGGUACGCAUUUCCGUUCCGGAAAAUGCCGAUCUCGACACAGCACUCUAUGCAGCGCAUGCGCACGACAAAGACUCUGGCAAAAGUGGUGAGAUCACCUAUACGCUGCAUAUGAUUUCUGCCGAUCAAUAUCAAUCAGCCGAACAACAACAACAACAAUAUCUCGGUAAUACAAGCAAUGCCGUACAAUUGGCUCGUCCAACGUUAAACACUUUUGCUGGUGCACCAACGGGAGCGUUGGCAAUACGCAAUCGUCUAGCGGCCACAGGUACCACCGCAUAUGCUGCUGGUAUUGCCACGCUCAACAACGCGCAUAUGGCUGCCGCGACGACGGGCAUCUCCGCUGGCGUGAACCGUAUGACCACUGUAGUUGCCGAACAGAAUGUUUUCGCAAUCGAUGCACGCUCGGGCCACCUAACGCUGUCACGACACCUGGACUACGAGACGACACAACGUCAUGCACUGAUAGUGACGGCUACGGACGGCGGUGAGCCACCCUUAUCGUCCAACCUCACCAUACUGGUGGAGGUGCAGGAUGUCAACGAUAAUCCGCCAAUGUUCGAGCGCAACGACUACUCAGUGAAGGUGUUGGAAUCGUUGCCGAUUAAUUCACAGAUCCUGCAAGUGACAGCCAUCGAUCUGGACACCGGCAACAAUGCGCGCAUCACCUACCGCUUGGUGAGCAGUGCUAACGGCACGGUGACACUCAAUGCUGGUGGCAAACUGGCAACACCGACUUUGCUACACCCCAGUGGCGCUAUCAAGCAAACACUUUCGGCCGCCGACGCCGAGUUGGCGCAACUGUUUGGCAUCUUUCCCAACAGCGGUUGGUUGUAUUUGCGCGGCACCUUGGACCGUGAAUCACGCGACCGCUACGAGCUCACCAUUAUGGCCAGCGAUAAUGGCACACCGGCUGCACAUGCACGCGCACGUGUCAUCGUCGAGGUGUUAGACGCCAACGACAAUGAUCCGCACUUCCUGAGCGCGGCGUAUGAGUUUGUAAUCGAGGAGAAUAUGCGACGUGGCGCGCUGGUUGGUGUAGUGGGCGCCACCGACCUGGAUGUUGGCGAGAAUGCGGAGAUACGCUACAGCUUGAUACCGUCCAAUACGAGUUUCCAAGUGAACGCCAUAACAGGCGAGAUCACCACCCGCGAACCGCUCGAUCGCGAAUUGCGCGCCGUCUAUGAUCUGGUGGCGGAGGCACGCGAUCAGGGUACCCCCUACCGCAGUGCGCGCGUUCCCAUCAAAGUGCACAUCACCGAUGUCAACGACAAUGCGCCGGACAUUGUUGAUCCGCAAGAGGAUGUGGUCAGCGUACGCGAAGAGCAGCCGCCCGGCACUGAGGUGGUGCGCAUUCGUGCCGUCGAUCGUGAUAACGGCCAGAAUGCAUCGAUCACCUACUCGAUAUUGAAAGGUCGUGAUUCGGACGGUUACGGCCUGUUCAACAUUGAUGCAGUAACGGGUGUAAUUCGCACACGAGUCGUGCUGGAUCAUGAAGAUCGAAGUAUUUAUCGUUUGGCAGUAGCGGCUACGGACGGUGGCAAUCCACCCAAGCAGUCGAUACGUUUGUUGCGCGUUGAGGUGUUGGAUUUGAAUGACAAUCGACCGACGUUCACCAGUUCCAGCUUAGCGUUUCGGGUUCCCGAAGAUGUGGCAGUGGGCUUUGUGGUUGGUUCGGUGAGUCCCAACGAACGCAUAGAUCAACAGAAUAUGAUCGACGGCAACAGCGAUCUUUUCGUCACGUACACACUCACGUCAUUGGUGAAGGAUGUUAUCGAAGGCGCAUUCGAUAUUGAUCGACACACGGGUUCAUUGGUAGUUGCACGUCAGCUGGAUCGCGAAGUCCAGUCCGAAUUUCGGCUUGAAAUACGAGCUUUGGACACCAGCGCUAGCAACAAUCCACAAAGUAGUGCUAUUACGGUGAAGGUAGAAAUCGCCGAUGUCAACGAUAAUCCACCAAGAUGGUUGAACGACCCUAUCGAAUUAAAAAUUAGUGAAGCAACCGAUGUCGGGGCCGUAAUCUACAAUUUCAGCGCAACAGACGCUGAUACGGGCAGCAACAGCAAUCUACAAUAUAAAUUGCUCAGUUAUACACCAAUGAGUAGCAUUGCUGGCAGUGAAAUUUCCAGCGAACAAACAUCGACUGAACGCAAGGAAGCAGAACCGAUCUUUAGUGUCGAUGCAUUGACUGGCGCUUUGACGCUACUUGCACCACUUGACUACGAGUCCACGCAACAAUAUACACUCAUCGUUGAGGCUAUGGAUCAAUCUUCAAAUGUAAGCUCACGUCUACGCACCAAAGCAACUACAAUUUUGUUGGUGACAGAUGUCAAUGACAAUGCACCACAAUUUGUGUCGCCUGUAGCCAGCAGCGCUACAGUCGCCGAUCAACGGUUUCACACUCCACCCGUCGCCACCGUACGCGUCAGCGAUGCGCUACGCAUUGGCGAGACUGUCGCGCAUAUUGUGGCGAUCGACAAAGAUGCCGGCGCAAAUGGCGAGAUCACUUACGCCAUUGUGAGUGGCAACGAGGCGGGACACUUUCGCAUGAAUUCGCAAACAGGAUACAUGGAGUUGGCUAAGCAACUGCCGCCGACAGCAACAAGUGGUGUUGGUGAUAUGAUUGAGUCAGGCAACGCUCAAAGAAAUCGCUACAACUUGGUGGUUAGCGCUAGUGAUCACGGCACACCAACGGCACGCCAGUCGCAAUUGAAGCUACAGAUAUUGGUACAAGGAACCAACAGUAAUCCACCACGUUUUCAUCAAUCCGUCUACUACGCAAAUAUAUCGGAGAGCGCUGCCCCUGGCACAUUUGUGCUGCAGGUAGCGGCGAAGUCCUUUAAUGGCGGCGACAGCGGCAAUCUCAGCUACGAGAUACCAACAGGUGUCGCCGAUAAUCACUUCCACGUUGAUCGGCAGCGCGGCAUUGUCACCACACGCGGACAAUUUGAUCGCGAAACAAAAGCGCGCUACACGAUACCGAUCUACGUAUAUGACACCAAUAAUAUCGCCACCACAACAGCGGCUACCUCAGCGGCAAGUACAACAACGAUGAUUGGUACGCUCACAAGCGCAGGCACGACGGCAACAUCACCAUUGGCAGUGACAGCUGCGGCAUCAAGUGGACAAUUUGAUAUUGCGACAAUAAUCGUCACAAUCAGCGACGUUAAUGAUCAUGCGCCGGAGUUUCGUCCCGGCGCUUGCUAUGCGCUGUCCGUGCCGGAAAACAACGAAUUCUCGGUCAUCCACACGGUGGUGGCCACCGAUCUCGAUGAGGGCGCAAAUGGCGAGAUCUUCUACAGCAUUGUUGGUGGCAAUAUCGGUAACAAGUUCAGCAUCGAUGUACAAACUGGCGAGUUGACAGCGCGUUGUCUCGAUCGUGAACAGCACUCGCGUUACCUGCUACAGAUCCAGGCUCAAGAUCGCGGCACGCCCAACACUUACCAGGGUCACUGCAACAUCACGGUUGUUGUUGAGGAUCAUAACGACAACGAUCCGCACUUCGAACAGACAAAAUAUGUGGCAAAUAUAGCCGAGAGUGCGGCUGUCGGCGCAAGCGUGUUGCGCGUUAAGGCGACGGACGCCGAUUUGGGUAUCAAUGCGCGUUUGGUCUACUCGCUGGCUAAUGAGACACAAUGGUUAUUUGCGAUUGACAGCAAAACAGGCAUCAUCACGACAGUGGGCCCGCUAGACCGCGAGCGCCAGAGUGUGUACAACUUUUUGGUGGUCGCCACCGAUGGUGGUCGCUAUAGCGCUCGUUCCGCACAAGUGCCUGUACAAAUUGUGGUCGACGAUGUAAACGACAAUCGGCCGGUAUUCGAGCGUUACCCCUUUCGGGCACAAGUGCCCGCACUCAUACAGCCCGGCCAAAUGCUAUUGCAAGUCAGCGCCACCGACGUCGAUGCCGGUAUCAACGGUGAAAUACUCUACUCACUUGGCAACAACGCCGAUGCGGCGACACGCAAUAAAUUCCGCAUUAAUCCCAGCACUGGCGUGGUGAGCGCCACACAGAGCUUGGCAAGCGAGUCGGGCCGCCUUCUACACAUUGAAGUGGUGGCACGCGACAAAGGUAACCCGGCGCGUACGGCACAUGGCCUUAUAGAGCUACGCGUAGGUGACAUGGCUGCCGGAGCUCCAGUGUUGCGUUUUCAAAAUGACACUUACCGCUUGAAAUUGCGUGAAAAUACGGCUGCGGGUAUGCGUGUGCUGCAAGUGUCGGCGGUGCGUAGCGAUGGACGGCGACAGCAGAUUUACUAUUCCAUUGGCGCGGGUAAUGAGGAUGGUGCAUUCAACAUAGACGCCACUACCGGCGAGAUAAAAGUUGGCAAUGCUGCGUACCUGGACUACGACCGUUUUGUGGACACAACAUACGACGAAGUUGCUACAGGUGCAGGCGGUACAUAUCGAGGACGCGCCAUGUUCUAUGAUGGCGAAGAGCAGUUGAGCGCAAAAUUAGAGAAUGUAACCGACAUUAUGGACGAAGAGCAAAUACCAGAUAGCCAACAAUUGAAUCGUAAUCAACGUGAACUGAAAAUGUUGGGCAACAAUGAAAAUAUGCAAUAUACCGCCAGCGCCGUGCAACUUCAUGAAUUACGCUUGGUGCUAGUCGCACGCACCGAUGCCACACCACACCUAUAUGCCUAUGCGGAGUUAAUCAUCGAACUGGAAGACGAAAACGACAAUAGCCCGCACUUCUCGCAAACACAGUAUAGCAAAUCGGUGUGGGAGGGCAACAACAAGGGUACAUUUGUGGUGCAGGUGCAGGCAUUUGAUGCGGACGCUGGCGCAAAUGCGCGCAUUCUUUACCACAUCGUCGAUGGGAAUCACGAUAAUGCGUUCGUCAUUGAGCCCGCCUUUAGUGGCAUUGUAAAGACGAAUAUAGUGUUGGAUCGCGAAAUCCGUGACAUGUACAAGCUAAAGGUGAUCGCGACGGACGAAGGGGUGCCACAAAUGACGGGCACGGCAACGAUACGCGUACACAUUGUGGACGUAAACGACAAUCAACCGACUUUUCCGCCACACAGUGUGAUUAGCGUGAGCGAAGGUAUCGAAUUGGGUACAGUCAUCACCACAGUUUCAGCAAACGACGUCGAUACUUACCCGGCGCUUACUUAUCGCUUCGGCGGCGAUCUGCCUGAUAGCCAAGAAUUUAUGAGCAAACCGCUCUUCGCAGUCGACCGUAAUAGCGGUAAGGUGACACUCAGACGCCAUCUCGAUUAUGAGGAUCAGCAGGAGCAUCAAUUGGAAAUCAUCGCCUCGGAUGCGGCGCAUGAGGUGCGCACUACGUUGACAGUACGCGUUAGUGAUGAGAAUGACAACGCACCCAUAUUCGAUGCGCAACUACCGCCCGCUUAUGCGGCCACGCUGCCCGAUCAACAAGUGAUCAGUACAGCCGCAGCUGCUGCAGACAUUGAGUUGGUUAUGGUCAAUGCCACAGACGCCGACGCUGAAGGUCGCAAUUCCGAGAUACAUUACAAUAUUAACCCGCCCCUGCGUGGUUUCAGCGUCAACGAACAAACUGGUGCAGUGUUUGUAAAUAUGACACGGCUCGGAGCUGUUGCUAACGAUCUUUAUGUGAUGAUCACCGCGCAGGAUGGAGGCGUUAUACCAUUGAAAAGUUCUACGGUUUUACGAGUGCGCGCCAGUAAGGGCAACAGUGGGCGCGUACAAUUUUUACAGACACAAUAUCGCGCACAAAUCAAUGAAGCCGCGCCGCUUGGUACGGUAGUACUGCGUCUUGGUCAAGAGGUACUUAACGCACAUGCUGACCGCGCAGCUGGUUCGCUGCUGUUCAAAAUAGUUUCCGGAAAUGAGGAUGCCACUUUCGAAGUUUAUCAGUCGAGCGCUAUUAUACUUGUGAAACCACUUGAUCGCGAACGUAGCGACAUCUAUAAGUUGCGCUUGGUGGUUAGUGAUGCGCAUGCGUCGUCGCAGCAACUUCUGGCGCAAGCAGCAGACAACUCGAGCACAGCAAUAAAUAUAUUUGUCACAGUGGAGGAUGCCAAUGACAAUGCACCGAAGUUCGCCACUGACGGUAAGUACGAGGCUGAGGUGAGCGAACUUGCUCCACUUCGUUAUUCCAUCGCAAAGCUUGUGGCCACCGAUGUUGACUUAGAGAAUACGCCUAACUCGGAAGUGGUGUACGAUAUAACGUCUGGCAAUGACGAGGGCAUGUUCACCAUCGACCUCGUGUCCGGUGUGUUGUUCGUGAACAACAAAUUAGACUUUGACACUGGCGAAAUGAGCUAUGCGUUGGUGAUACGUGCCUGCGACAGCGCACCCGAGCCGCUAUGCAGCUUGCAACCGUUUCGUUUGACGUUGCGCGAUGAAAACGAUAACGUGCCGCGCUUUCCAGUCACUGAGUAUGUCGAGUUUGUGGGUGAAAAUGAGCCAGUCGGCACUAGCGUGUUUACAGCUCGUGCAACCGAUUUAGAUCGCGGCGCUUACGGCCGCCUCAACUAUAGCGUCGAUCACGAGGCUGCGGGGUUGGACGAUGUCUCUUGGAAGCUAUUUCGCGUCGACCCGCACACAGGCAUUGUAACCUCGAAUGCGGUGUUUGACUAUGAGCAGCGACAUCGCUACGACUUUGUGUUGCGCGCCACAGAUAGCGGUAGCAAGUCGGCACGGGUUAAAGUUCGCAUUGAAAUCGAAUCGAAAGACGAAUUCGCACCACAAUUCACGGAGCGCACCUAUCGCUUUGUGAUGCCAUCGCCGUCAACCGGCUACCUGCCGUUGGGCUAUAUUGUGGGCCAAGUGACGGCGACCGAUCGCGAUAAGGGACCUGAUGGACGUAUUGUUUACCAAUUAAGUUCUCAGCAUGCCUACUUCAAGGUGAACCGCACGAAUGGGGCGGUGGUGAUCAAAAAGAAAGUCGACGACAAUUUCGAUGAUGGACGUGAUAUCAGCCUGGUGAUUGCCGCAAGCUCGGGCAGACAAGGCUCUCUAACCAACAUGACUGUUGUAGAAAUCUCCUUGGAUCCGCUAGCCAGUAUCGGUACAAAUUUGGCAAGCAAUGGCGGUGCAAGUGGUAGCAGUGGUGUUGCAGAUUGGCUGGUAGGGCUAAUAGUUGCAGUAUUAUUGGUGCUUUGUGCGAUUGCGGGCAUUUUUCUUUUUGUACGUAUGCGUAGUCGCAAACCACGAAAUGUGACAAAACCACAUUUAAGUACGGAGACUGUAGGUGCAUCUAAUAGCUACGUCGAUCCCAGUGUCUUCGAUACGAUACCCAUUAGAGGUGGCGUAAAUUCUGGCCUGGCUGGCAGCAGUGGAAAUACUGGUGUAGCCUCAUCGGCUGCUGGACAAUUUGCGCCACCCAAAUAUGAUGAGAUACCGCCCUAUGGUGCACAUGCGGCGAGUUCCAACUCAGGCGCUGCAACGACUUCGGAACUGUCGGGAUCCGAGCAAUCAGGUUCGAGUGGACGGGGUUCCGCCGAGGAUGAUGGCGAAGAUGAAGAAAUAAGGAUGAUCAACGAAGGUCCGCUGCAUCAUCGCAACGGUGCGGGCGGUGUGAACGGCGAGGAUGGACGCAUGUCCGACAUUUCAGUGCAGAAUACACAGGAGUACUUAGCACGUCUGGGCAUUGUAGAUCGUGAAGCGAAUGCCACGGGUGCUGCUUCAACUUCUUCUCAUCGUUGCUCCGACGGCAUGAGUGGUUCACAAAAAGAAACACAUCUCCAUCAUCCACUGCAGAUGCAUAUGUACGAUGAAGAUCCCGCCGCUCAAACAGACAUCACAAAUCUUAUCUAUGCCAAACUGAAUGAUGUGGCUGGCGCCGCAUCGGAUCAUGCAAGUAGCACAGAUGAAGCUGCCACCACAGCCGGUAGUGUGGGAGUGGCUGUCGAUCGCGUCAUUAACUUUACAAACGUACCCGUCGGCCAUGUGCCGAAUGUCGGACAUCCCGCAAAUGUUGGUCCACCCAUGAACGGUUCACUCAGCUCCAUUGUACACAGUGAAGAAGAGCUCACCGGCAGCUACAAUUGGGACUAUCUGCUCGACUGGGGGCCACAAUAUCAACCGUUGGCACACGUAUUCUCUGAAAUCGCACGCCUCAAAGAUGACAACAUGUCUGUGCAUAGCGGCAAUAGCGGUGCUUCCUCCAGCGCUAAAAGUAAACAGUCCCAAGCGCAUUCCAUCGGUACCGUAAAGACACACAUACCGCCACCACUGCUCACAAAUGUAGCGCCGCGCGCCAUCAAUAUGGCAGUGCUAUCAGGCGCUGGCGUGGGCGUACGAUUGCCGCAAGCUGCGCAGCAUCACAUAGCCACCACAUCAUUAGGCGGUCCAACGACGGGUGGUGGUCAAGUGAAUGCCAGCGGUCAGUAUAUGGCGCCACGUUCGCCCAUUAGUCACGAUACACCAGGUGGCUUCAGUACAUCAACUGCUAUGUCGCCAUCGUUUUCGCCAUCACUCUCACCACUAGCUACACGCUCACCAUCGAUAUCACCGCUCGGCGGUGUGACGACCGGCCAUCAUUUGGUAUCGCUGCCGCGGCAUGCUCCACAACCAACGCAGCGCGGUAAGAACGCAAUGCUGGUGGAACAGGAAAUGCGCGUGCGAAUGUGAUGAAAGACAUCGAACCCGGUGGGGGCUUGAAUUCCAGUUAAACACGUUUGAACAUAGAAAACUACAAAGUGAUCAUUAGUUCUGUAGGCUGAACUUUAAACGAUAUUUGUAAGUGUAUACAAUAAAAGUUAAUUACAUUAAGUAGGCACGAUUCCAAUACCAUUUUCGUUGUAUAGGAAUGAAAAUCAAGAAACAGAAAAACAAAGAACGAAUUAGUUAAAUAAAGGGUACUUUGGAGUUUGGUGAGUUAACGGUGUGUACCAAAAUAUGUCUCUUUUGCAUUGUGCUGAUAUUUCGAACUGACCUACUAGUAUAGUAUACUCACCACUCUCGGCUGUGGUAUUAAACAUUUUAGCCUUAAUUUGCAUGUAAAUUUAUUCCUUAAGCACUUGUACAGCUUAGUUAUUUAACACAUUUAGUCUAAUAAUAAUAUGUUACCAGUUUGCCAUUAUGUUUAAGUGGUUAAGUUUACUCACUCAUUUCAAUGUGAUCCCCACACAAUCGCUCAUCACAAAUACCCACCACACGACACAUUCAUUUGUACUAUACGCCCACUAGAAAUUUCAUAAACACAUUAUACUCUAACAAAUUAGUUGUAAAAAAGCUGUAAUACUCACGCACAGGCACACAUACAUAUAAUUAUAAUUGUUUAAGUCACCCCACAAAUUCAACACACCCCCAACAACACACAAACUGAGAAACUAGGAAUUUUCGUUCGUGUUCUUCACAGUAUCGCCUAGAAAUUUGUAAAUAAUUAUGAAGUAAAGACUACAAAGCCAACAAAGACUCUUUAUAGAAUUGUAAUGCCUAGUUGAAGUAGCGCCAGCACAAAAAUCUUAACAAAUUAACAACAAACAACACAAAAAGCCAUAAAAUAUAAGCAUUUAACUGAAAGAAUUAAUUUAUAUUUUUCAUAUAUACAUAUAUACAUAUAUACAUAUAUAUAUAUAUAUAUAUAUUAGGUCGUAAGUAAAUAUGUACUAUAUGCAUUUUUAAAAAUUGCUUAGCCUAAUUUAUUUAUAAAAACGAAAAAUCAAGUGCACUUAGCAAUCUAAUUACAUAUAAAUAAUAUUUAUUUAUAUAAACUUAGUUGCAUAUAGUUUUAGGGAACCACAGGAAAGCUUCCAUUCCGUAGCUUAAGCACACAGUAAAGAUUAUACAUAAGCAGCUCUUCCAUUGCAUUUUAGCAUAUUGUACAAAUAAAAAAAUUCAAUAAAUUCGAAUUGUUGCGUAACUGCGUUUGAGUGCCUUAAAUUUGUGCGCUAUGUUUGUGUGAGUAUUUGAAUGCAACUGUUAAGUAUUUAGGAGUCUUGAGUAUAAGUUUCAGUAAAACUGAUUCAAUCGAAAGAAAGAAGUAUACAAGCCAAUGCACAAAAGCGAUUCCUUUUACAAAACAAAAACAUAUUUUCAGAAAAAACAUUUACUUUUUUUCGAUGUUUAUAAUUUUUCCAAAAUUAUUUCUGUCUAUUAAAGCUAUUUUUUUUUUUAACUUUCAUGAAAAUUAAUUUUUGACUUUUAAAAGCAUUUUUAUUUUUAUAAUUUUUGUUAUUUUUGUUUUUUCAUUAUUUAUUGUUUUAUAAUAAAAUUUAUAUUUUAAUUUGAAAAAAAACAAUAUAGAGACGCAAUGUUUAAAGAAGUUAAAAGUUGAUAAACUUUAUUGAAAGAUAUAUUCAUAUGCACAUACAUAUGAAAUUAUGAAGAAUUAUUUUGUUUUACAAUGAAAUUGAUACUUUUACAAUUUUAUUAUAUUUAUUAUAUAUACACUUUAAUAUUAUUUCGUUUUUUUAACAAAAAAUAUAUAUCUUUAGUCUUAAAAUUUUUGUUUUGAUUUAAAUUAAUGAACUUUGAAACACGUCUCUAUAAAAAAAUAUUAAAAAAACCUUAUAGUUUUUAAAGAAUAUUAUCACUUCGCCAUCAAAAUAACAGUUUGGGUUAAAUAAACUUUUUUUUUUAAUUUACUCAAUAAAACGUAUUUGACCUAUUUUGUUUAUGAUGCUUUCACUUUAAAAACCACUCAACUCUAAAAUUAUUUUUUUUAAUUAGAUAUGCAUUUUUAAUAAAUUUAUUGUUAAUUUUUUUCAUUUUUGAUAUUUUUAUUGUUUAUUGUUUAAACAAUUAAAUUUUAGCACCUGCUAUGUUUAAAAUUUAAUUUAUUUUGCUUUUUUAAUAAAAGGUGAGCUUGCAUAUAAAAAAUUGUACUUUAUUUUGCUCGUGUUGUGCAUUGGUUUGAUAAUGGUAACAUCUUUGUAUACAAUCAGUGUGGCCUAUUUUUAAAAGCGUUUAAUUUGUUUAGAAUAGUAUUUAUACAGUUAGAGCUAUUUAUACGAUUGUUGUAAAAAACUGUGUCCAGUUAGGAUUUUAGAAAUUAGCAAUUUAAAUUAAAUCAUUAUUAAAUGUAAUUUAGUAUCAGAAAUAAAUACGAAACGAACGAAAUAAUAAAUUUUAACAUGUUUACAUUAAACAAAGAAAAU